GGACGGUAGAGUCAAACGUCUUAUAAGUGUAGGAUCAAAACCGAGGGCAAGUUUUUGAUCUCACUUAUGAACUGAUCAAAUAAUAUGAAUGAGAAAUAAUUUUACUAAUUGGUAUUAACAUGACUUCAUUGAUAUUUACUGUUGAGAGUUUAACUGCAAUACGCGGGGAGUUGUAACAAUGAGCGCACGUGGUUCAAGCCAGUCGAAUGAAUUCCACUGAAGAGGAUGGACGCAGACAACGAUAUAUUUCUGACGCAGUCAGUUUUUAAAGAAUUGGCAUCCUGUGCUGAAGAAGACAAGGAAAGUGAUGACUUUAAAUUCCGUUUAGGAGAUCCACUCUCCGAGCGUGAAAUAACCUUACAAGUUACCGUCAAAAGCCUGUGCAAGACGUCCGGUAUUGAGGGCAUGAAGAUAAACCAUUCCUUGAGAGCCACGGCAGCCACUCGAUUGUAUCAAGGUGACGUUGAUGAAGAAAUGAUUUGCGAAAUUACCGGACAUCGGAGCGACGCCGUUCGAAAUUACAGAACUUCUGACAACCAAAAGGCAACGGUCUCUGACAUACUUAGUAUUUUGAAAAAAAUGAACUCGCCAUCACGUGAAGAAGCUGAUCCAAAAAGAGCAGAUGACCAAUGACCUGAAGACAAACUAAAUCGAACUGUGACGCUCAAUUUCAUCUAAUAUCAAUAAAUAGUUGAGCCAUGUUCUGUUGUUUUUUUUUCAUGCAGAAAGGUAAUUCAAUACAGAGGGUAUUUUUCGGGGCAAAAACCAGGCUUUCAGUAGAAAAUCUCCCGGGAUUUCUUGCAGAAAGCCCGGGGCUUACCCUAGGAAUGCCCGGGGCUUACCCUGGGAAUGCCCGGUAAACUACCAGUAGAGGUUUAGUCGGUAAAAGAAGACCCUGGCGAGACAAUAGAGUGACGUCACUAGAGGUUUAUAAUGUGUCUCCUUAACAGAUUAUACCUGACACCCCACCUGUUCGUUGAAGUCUCUCUACAGGGUUGGGGUGCCCAUCUGGAAGGCCAGAUGGCCUCAGGGCUGUGGUCCAGCACACAGCACACUUGGCACAUCAACAACCUCAAGUUAGAGGCAGUCAUAUUGGCGGUAUCACACUGUCAGGAGUGCCUCUGGCACACUCAGUUCAUCA